CUUCUUCAUUACCUUUCCUUCCUUCCUUCCUUCCUUUAUAUAAACCAGACAACCAACCUCUCCUUUUUCGUUCUUAUCUCCAUUUCAGAUAUUUUUAGGUUAACUCAAAAAAGUGAGAAAUCUUAGAACCGAAGCCAACAAUGGCGAAGAUACCGGUGAGAUUCAAGAGAGUAGCAGCGGCGUUCGACGAGGUAGCUCGGAUUCGUCCAUGUGAGAGCAGCGGUAGUGAGCACUCAGCGGAAGGUGACUCGGCCGAUCUAUCUGAUCUCAUCGACUCGUUCAUGGAAACAGACUAUUAUGGAGUUCAACGAGAACAGGACGAUGAAGUUGAGAGAAGAGAGACGGAGAAAAGCAUUUUCGAAGAUAAACAUCGUUUCUGGUCGGAUUCAGAGGCGAAGGAGAUGUUACAGAGCUUGUUAGGCUGCGAUGAUUCUAGCGUUGAACGAAUGAUUCAUAAUGAAGUAGAGCUUGCUAGUAGAUCGAUUGGAACUGAUUCUUCUUCAAUCGGUCUUAAACGUUACUUGAUGAAUCGAUUACGCGAGAGAGGUCUCGACGCAGGUCUCUGCAAAUCCCGAUGGGGGAAAGUCGGGCGGUUCCCGACCGGAGACUACGAAUACAUAGACGUGAUCGUAGGAGGGAAUCGAUACAUAGUGGAAACGUCACUGGGAGCAGAGUUCACGAUUGCUAGGCCAACAGAUAGGUAUCUAUCUUUGCUAGAGAUGUUUCCCCCAACAUUUGUAGGAAAAGCGGAGGAGUUGAAGCAGGUGGUGAGGUUGAUGUGCGCAGCAGCCAAAGAGUCGAUGAAAAAGAUGGGCAUGCAUUUGCCUCCCUGGAGGAAGAAGGACUACAUGCAGGCCAAGUGGUUUGGCCCUUACAAGAGGACUACCAGAGCUGCCGCUGCUAAGAGUAAGGCGGCGAUGACAAUGGAGAAAGAUUUGAGAGAGAGGAGAUCAGUAGGGUUUGAGGCGUGGCCGUCGCCGUCGCCUUCGCCGGCAAUUUAUAGUUAUUGUAGAGUUGCGUCGGCUCGCAAAGUUGGUUUGGACUUGAAAGCUGGAAACUUGGCAGCGGUAUUCAAUGGCAUGGGAUUGUAAUUAAGUUGUUCAUUUCUGCCCUUUUUGUCCGUUUUGUGUAGAAUGUCUAGAAAUAUGGAAAAUAGUGUUUUUUUUUUUUUCUUGUAAGUAUUUCCCUUGAUUUAAGUUGUGUAUGGGAAUUGGGAAAGUGCUCAUUCUGAGAUCAAUGAAUCAGAGUUUUGAGAUUGGGAA